CUGCGAAGCCACUAGCUUACAGCCCACAAGACCCCAGGUGAGGGCCUACUGCCUCACCAUGGUGAAGUUGCUGCCUGCCCAGGAGGCAGCCAAGAUCUACCACACCAACUAUGUGCGCAACUCUAGGGCUGUGGGUGUGAUGUGGGGCACACUCACCAUCUGUUUUUCGGUGCUUGUUAUGGCCCUCUUUAUCCAGCCCUACUGGAUUGGUGACAGCGUUAACACACCCCAGGCAGGCUACUUUGGCCUGUUCUCCUACUGUGUGGGCAACGUGCUGUCCUCUGAGCUCAUCUGCAAGGGUGGCCCGCUGGACUUCUCCUCCAUUCCCUCUAGAGCUUUCAAGACUGCCAUGUUUUUUGUGGCCUUGGCCAUGUUCCUCAUCAUUGGCUCCAUCAUCUGCUUUAGCCUCUUCUUCGUCUGCAACACGGCCACUGUCUACAAGAUCUGUGCAUGGAUGCAGCUGGCUGCAGCCACAGGCCUCAUGAUCGGCUGCCUGGUCUACCCGGAUGGCUGGGACUCAAGUGAGGUGCGACGCAUGUGUGGGGAGCAGACGGGCAAGUACACGCUGGGUCAGUGCACCAUCCGCUGGGCCUUCAUGCUGGCCAUCCUCAGCAUCGGAGACGCCCUCAUCCUCUCCUUUCUGGCCUUCGUGCUGGGCUACCGGCAGGACAAGCUCCUCCCCGAUGACUACAAGGCCGAUGGAAAAGAGGAAGUCUGAAGCAGCUGGCGUGCUGGUCAUCUGUUUCCCUGACAAUGGAAAAUUAAGGAAUCGAAUUCUUCAGCGAUAAAAACUUG